ACGGAUUUACAUCCUUAAGUUUCACUUUCCUAUCUCGGCUGAUAAAAGGAGGCGAGCAGAUGGAGUUAAAUCUAAACACAGAGAGGAGGGAGACUUUUGAGUCACUGAUCGAGACCGAAGAGACGCUGAACCACCGCUGCCAUGCGUGCAAAUAGAAGAAAUCGAUCCAAACGUCUAUCCAACAUGGAGACAAGAGGACACCUCACAAAUCUCCACCAGCCAAUGAGACGGGAUCAGAUCAGGGAGAGCAGAGCCGGAGACCGGGGAAUACUAACAAUUAAAACACAGCUGCUGAAGAUGAUUGUAUCUAAUCUGCAGCCUUUGGGUAUCACAGAAGAUGCAAACUUUCUUGAUUUUGCAAAAGCAUUGAAGCCCACACAGCAAAUUCCUACCAAAUCUGUGAUGCAGUCACUGCUUCUCAAGGUCUACAAGGAAAAAGAGAAAGAGUUGCAAAGUACCUUGACCUCAGUUGAAGACAUCGUGCUGACAUGUGAGCUGUGGUCUUCAAGAUCUGAAGACUCCUAUCUAACCGUCAGGUGCCAUUUUGUGGACAACCUCGGUAGUCUGAAGUCCUACAUACUUAAAACUACCGGCUUGUUUGGGGAUGAAUCAGCAGCCAACAUACUAAAUCAGCUCUCAGCCAUCAUGGAAACUUGGCACGUGACAGAAAAGGUUCAUACUGUUGUCACAGCUGGCAUGCCACAGCUAAAAGGAAAUAAAGCAAGAUGGACUCACAUUCCUUGCUUUUCUGACAUCCUGAAUGCAGUAUUUAAGGAUGUGAUGAACAACGAUGAGCUGUCCAGCGUUCUCAACAAGUGUUGCAACAUCAUCCGGUUCUUUAAGUAUGACUCUGAAGCUGAGAAGAAGCUCAGAGAAUUGCAAGGCAAAUUGGAAGAGAAACAAACUGAGCUGAUUAUGUGUUCCAGUGACAGAUGGCUCACUUGGCUGGACAUGCUUCAACCACUGGAUGAGCAGUACCCAUCCAUGAUGAUUCUGAUCAAUGAGAGGGGGAAGACAGAUUUACUUCUGAACGAAAACGAUAAAAAGAACAUCAAGUACAUCAUAUCUGCUCUGGAACCUCUGAAGCAAGCCACUUCCAUGAUGAAAGGCAAAGGAUUUGAGACCAUUUCAGUCAUGGUGCCUGUGAUAUCGAAGCUCAUGGACGCACUUGGAAAAGAAGCAAAGGGCAAGAAUCAUGUUGCCAAAAUGCUACUGUCAAAAUGCAAUGUCGAAAUUGGCAAUGUCAGCGACCACAAAUUGGCUACCGUCACAUUUCUCGACCCAAGAUACAAAAACCACAUAGGAGACAACACCAAGAACCAAGCAAUUAAUAAGAUAAUGAAGGAGCUCAAUGCAGGCGAAGUGAAUUCUGCUGCCGAGCUCAGAGUCCAACUGGACCGCUACAAGGCUUAUGAACCCAAUUCACAGGAGUCAAACCCUUUGGCCUGGUGGAGGCACACAGGAAAGAAGAAAUUCUCUCUAUUAAGCAAGCACGCUGUGAAGAAACUUGGAGUUGUCUCCACUGCUGUGCCCUUAGAGAGAGCGUUCUCCAGGGCAGGUGAUCAGUUCUGCAACCUAAGGAGCGCAAUUGAGCCAGAAAACCUUAACAUGGUCCUGUUCCUCAACAGCAACUGGUCUACACAGUCCUAGGUACAAAUCCAUUCCUCUGUCUGAGCCAAAGCACACACUGGCCAUGUUUCCAUCAGCAUUUCAAAGCAUUAAAUCAGAAGAAGUUAAAAUUGACUGAAAAUUUCGAAAAAAAAUUCCUCAACUUUGCAAAUCAUCAGCACCCUUGAAGUCCUUCUGCAACUAUUUCGAUAACAACUCUUUCAAACUUAAUGAUGAAGAUGUAGAUGAGAAUCUCCUCGUACAGUUUCUCCUCAUGACAGGCUGUGUUCCUGGCACAUGCACAUUUGACAUGCUUGCAGUGCAUAACAAUCCUAUGGACCCUUGCAGACUUUGUCUGAUGACGCAAUUUACAACACACAGCCACCACAGAAUGGCAACUGUUGUUGUUGUACUACUUUUUUGUUCACUUGGAGAAUGCGUUCCAUAAAUGCACAGUAGUUUGGCAUCUAUGUGUUCUUGCACACUCGUUGCCACGGAGACAGCAACUUUAGCCUUCAUGCAAACAUCCCCAGAGGGCUCUGUGCAGACUCUCAUCAACUUAGGAAAAUGAGGACAUUUACAUCUCACAGACUUUUACGUGCUCACGGAUGCAAAUAUUCUAACAUCGGUUGAAGACAACACUGCACUCACUUCAUCCCUCAGUUUCCAUCAGCAUUUCAAAGCAUUAAAUCAGAAAAAGUUAAAAUUGAUUAAAAAUUUCGAAAAAAAAAAUCCUAAUUUUUGCAAAUCAUCAGCACCGCUGAAGUCCUUCUGCAACGAUUUCGAUAACAACUCUUUCAAACAUGAAUGAUGAAGAUGUAGAUGAGAAUCUCUUCGUACAGUUUAUCCUCAUGACAGGCUGUGUUCCUGGCACAUGCACAUUUGACAUGCUUGCAGUGCAUAACAAUCCACGCGGUCACAAUUUUUGAGCUUCAUAUGGACCCUUGCAGACUUUGUCUGAUGACGCAAUUUACAGCACACAGCCACCACAGAAUGGCAACUGUUGUUGUUGUACUACUUUUUUGUUCACUUGGAGAAUGCGUUCCAUAAAUGCACAGUAGUUUGGCAUCUAUGUGUUCUUGCACACGAGUUGCCACGGAGACAGCAACUUUAGCCUUCAUGCGAACAUCCUCAGAGGGCUCUGUGCCGACUCUCACCAACUUAGGAAAAUGAGGACAUUUACAUCUCAGACUUUUACGUGCUCACGGAUGCAAAUAUUACAACAUAGGUUGAAGACAACACUGCACUCACUUCAUUCCUCAGUACAGUGAGGAGUGUUUGUGAAUGACUGAACAGGAGGAGGCGCCACUUCAACACAACAGCUGCCUGCAAAUUGAAAGAAAAAUAUUCUGCUCAAUGCUCUCCUCAUUUAUUUUUAUCAUGGUCAACAGUCUUCUCACAUGUGAUUUCAGGGAUUUUAUCAUCACAGAGCUAUUUUAACUACUGAUUCUGAAUGCACUAUUCAAGAUUAAAGAUGUUUUUAUUAUCAAUGUACUUGAAAAUACAAAGGAAUUUUGUUGGCAAUCUCUAACCCUAGCAGGUCUGACAGCUCGGUGUUAUAAAAAGCUUUAAGGUUGAGACGGUUGGAGAUUUCAGUACCAGACUCAGUUUAUUUGUAAAAACCCUGAACAGGUUUUAUUAAUAGUGACAUGACUUCUAUAUCAUGUAAAGACAAACUUCUGGGCAUAAUUAUGUGCCACUGGAAACUAAAUUUGAAUCAUUUCUAUGUAUGGUUGAUUUGCUUGAACUUAAUAACUGCAAUGAAUAAUAGGAUUUAAAUUACAACUGCACCGUGCGUUGUUUCAGCAUUGACAUUGUGUUACAGCUGUGGACGUAUUGUGUAGUGUGGUUGUCAUGUGUUUUGUUGUGAUGUUGUCUGGGAGUGGGUGUUCUUUGUUUGUGUCUAUCUUUGUUCUGUCCAGGAGCGGUAAUUGGUGGCAAGGCGGUCCCAGCGCUGACUGGCUGUUCAUCAUUUUAAAUCUAAAUAAAGCAGUGAUGGAGGAGCCUCUCUGACAGCAGCACCCUCGUUUUUCCCAGACUCCAACCUUUUGUGCUUCACACCUGUGUUUUCCGGUUAGAUUGACCUAGUGUGGUUUUUGUUUGUUAGACUUUAAAUAUAGUGACAUUGCAGGACAUACGAUGUGAAAUAAGGCAAACAUCAUUAUCGCUGACUGAUAGAAAUAAUUUCUUCAUUCUCUGUUUUACUAUAAAACUGUGGGGUUUUUUUCUUUUGUGUUUCUUCUUUGUUACUGAAAGAGUUCUGAUAGUCUCUAUUUUGUACAAUACACUUCUUGAAAAAUU